UGAAACGAAGAAGAGGCCAGAAAAUAGUCAGCUAUAAUCAUCUGAGCAAUGAGAGGAAGUCUGAAGCCAGAGUUUAUAAUGUCGAAAAGCAUAUGCAACAAAAUUAUCCUUCUAAAUAAAAGCCAGAAUGAUGUCUGAUUACCUACACUCAUGCAUGAAUCUUCUAAAGUUGAUUUGAAUAAAUCUCAGGAGCGAAUCAAGAUCACAGAACAGCCUGGAUUUGAAGAGGGAAAUAGCUCUUUGUCAAAUUUAGCUUCAAAGUUUAAAGAGCCAGCUACCUCUUCAGAGGCAGUCGCCAUGAACUCAAUCUGAAAUAUUUUAAAGACCCUUCAGCCAAAGCGCAAAGAAGUUAUUCCUUCGAAUUGUAAAUAUAGCAAAAAGGAUCAGUGCUUUAGAAAUAAGGAUGCCAAGUGUAAUACAAAGGCUUUUAAGAAGGGAACUCAUGCAUUCAAAAUUCAAAAUGACUUGCAUAGGGACUUCUAUCGACGGGCUGCAGAUGCUCUUGCCCACGCCCAGUUUCAGCCUCCUGAUUGAUAUACAUCUAAGAGUUCUAGUCAUAAAAGAUGUAGUAGCCAAGCUAAUAAACGAUCAGAUAAGGCUAGAAGAAAAGAUUCAAGGCUUUAAGAAUACCACAGGGAAUAUUAAUGUUGUAGAUCAGUCUGAAGUACCUGAUAAUGGAAAACUUUCCAAUUUUAGUAAUCCCUACAGACUUCAGGAAGAGAUUAAUGAUAUGAAGAGGAGUCAUAUUUCUCCACUAGAGAGAACUUCUAGUGCUUGGAAGCUCAACGAAAGGCAAAACCAAGAGCUGCAUGAUAGUCAUCCCUAUGACUCUCCGGAGAACAAAGUUUUUGAUUGUGAAAGUAAUAGACACAAAAACAGCAAACUUCCAAACCAGAAAUAUAAAAAUGGGUUUAAUAGAGGAGUAAGGUGUUCAAGUAGGAGGUUUAAGAAUGAAAUGAAUACGAGAAAGAUGCCUAUCCAAAAUUCAUCAAUCGGAAAUCCUGAUCUAUACAAAACAAAUUUAUAUAACCCUCAGAAUUUUUCCAAAUUUAUCGACCAGGAAAAGAUGUCUUAUCUUCAAGCCAGUACGCCUCAGAAGAAUAGCUCACAUGCUAUUCUAUAUAGGCAAGAGUCUGAGGACAAGAGGAAGGUUAUCUACUCUUCGAUCGAUAACAACUCAGUCAAGAAUUCCAAAGCCAGACACCUUGAUCAAGGGUCUAAACAGACAGUCUUGCCUCAAAAAUCAGAGCUCGGAGCUGACAAACAAUUUGUAUUAGUAGCAAAAUUCUGAAAGUUUCAUAAGAAGCUUUACAAUCUCACUAGCUUUGACAGCAGAGCUGGCAAACGCUCAUUAGCAGGUUCAGGCUACAAGUAUGCUAAAAGAAGGAUGAUUAACAGAAAUCCUAACUGCAAUCAUAAUAACAACAAUAUUUUCUACCAGCCUUCUUAUGGAAAUAUUAAGUACGACGAUAAGCUUCAGAAGAAAGAAGAGACUCUGAGAAAGUAUUUCUUCCCAGAAUCUGAAAAACCUGAGGUCCAAGUUCAGAAGGAUCCUAAUUUUGUCGAAGAGAUGGUCAGAUUUAUGAAGGCCAAGGGCACUCAAAGCUUUAUUAAAUUUAUGAAAGCUGAUGUUGUUCGAGAGUUAAGAAAGAUAUCGGAAAAUCCUGAUUUUCCUCUUUGGGAAAAUGAUGGAAUUACUAGGGAAAAUUGCUCGGAAAUUGUGAAGAGAGAAGUACCGCUUGAAGCCAGUGAGACCGUAUCGCCGCUCAACAAGAUGUCUAUUGUCAAUAAAACAUAUUUCUUGAUGUUAUUACUUGAGAGAAAAAUUACAGGGAAUAAUCUGGUUAAGGUACUUCAAACUUUACAAUAUUAUACUCCACAAAAAUAUGAUGAGACAUGCUCUCUUUGUACAUGGAUUAAAGUGUCAAUAAACGAUAGUUUGAAGAUUUGUCAUGAUUCUGAGUUUACAUUCUUCAAAAAGUUCCAGAUUAUCAAGAACGAGUCAAAUAAUCCAAGGAAUAAGUUUGUAGCUAGCCAGAAAUAUCAACCAAGGAGAACAUUCUUUAAUCCAGGAUCUCAGUGAGGCUUUAACAGCGUUCUUGGGAGAUCCAAGAAUGAUACUACAAAGGGCUCAUAUUUGAGGCAAAAGAAGAGAUCAGCUCCAAUUCCUAUCUGGAGACAGAAGCCUCCAGAAAAUAAAGAUAAGGGUGAAUGGAAGGAAAAAGCUUAUAAAUAAGUAUUUAGACCAUAUCUGAGAAAGUAACGGAAUCCAGAUUAUUAAGAGCCCAGCUCAAGAUUCUAAGCCUAAAAAUUCUCAAAACAUGUUUAAGUACUUCAUUGGAUAUGGCAACAACUCUGUUCUUGUCCAAAAAGCCCUCAAGCACCGAUUCUGGUGGACAGCUGGCUCCAGAGACGAAGAUGAAUGGGAAGAUUUUAAUUUUAUUUGGACACAAUGGAGAAGAAACCCUAUUAUUAAUACUUUAAAGCAAGAGAAGGAAAAUUCAAACAGUGAUGAUCUAACAACCUGUCUGACAGAGAAAACAACCAAUGAUUAUGCUUCGGACAUUGAAAAGGUUGAACACCCAAAGUCUAUAGAAAGAGACCUUGAAACUGGGAGCAAAGGAGACUCUAAAUGCAAUAUCAAGGCAAAUAGACCAAAACCGAGCAAUCCUUUGGCUCAGAUUGACAUCUUAAAUUUGAAUGAGCACACUCUUUACAACCAUUUAGAAGGGAAUUUUCAUUUGUCGAACAAAAAGGCUCUAUUCUAUAACAUGAAAUCUCUUUGUGACUUCCUUGGAGAAGAUGUGUUUACAUAUUUGCCCAAAACAUUCCAUAUAAAAGAAGGAUUGUUUGAUCAAGAAUUUAUUAGAUUUGAGCAGCAUUUUAAGGAACAUGAAAGUGAGCUUAGUAAAGAGGGGAAAAGCCAUAAUACUUGGAUAAUUAAGCCUGGAGAAAACACAAAUAGAGGAUGUGGAAUCCAGUAUUGCACCAGCUUAGAGGAUAUUAAGGAAAUUGUUGGAAGGAAAGUGUACACAGCUUCGAAUGGUUGUCCUAGAUCUUAUAUUAUUCAAAAAUACCUCGACAAUCCCUUCUUAUAUAAUAAACGAAAGUUUGACAUCAGAUGUUUCAUAUUAGUAACUGCUUAUGGGGGAAAUAUCCAAGCGUACUGGGCAAAGGAUGGAUAUAUGAGAACAGCUUCAAGAGAGUUUUCGUUAGGAAAUCAUUCUAAAUAUGUUCAUUUAACUAAUGACGCUAUUCAGAAGCAUUGAGACGAUUACUCUCGAUAUGAGAAUGGCAAUAAAUUGUCAUACAACAAUUUUCAAAAAUACCUUGACAAAAAUCAUCCUGAACUAAAAUGUGAUUUUCAAAGAGAUGUAGUUGCAAAACUAAAGAAAAUAGCGUUGAAAGGAGUAGAAAGCGUAUAUAAGGGUCUCAAUCCAUCAAAACGACAGCACAUGUUCGAGAUAUUUGGACUGGAUUACAUUUUAGAUGAGAAUCUGAAGCCUUACUUACUUGAAAUGAAUACAAAUCCAUGAUUGGAGUUAUCAUCAACAUAUCUAUCAUACUUGAUCCCACAUAUUAUAGAGAGUGCAGUACAAGUAGCUGUUGAUCCCUUCUUCCAGCCUUCAGUUUGGCCUAAAUCAAAAAGACAUUUGAUCCCUGAGCCUACUGAAGUGUUCGAGUUAAUUUUUAAUGAAAGAACAGAUUCUCAUAAGCUGAAGGGAUAUCAAGGACCUCAACCUGUGAUGUUUGAUAUAAUUGAAGAAGAAGACCUUUAAAGUCAUAAUUUAUUUAUUAAUAAUUAAU